GCCGCAAGCAUGCGAGCUUCCAUCACCAGAGACGACAUCGAGGAGAUGGGGGUGUGUUUUUUCCACGCCCUCCUGCCCCAUGACGCUUCAUCGACGGACUCAUCUUCGGAUCCACGCAUCACCGAGCUUCUCGACGCAUACAGCGACGUGUUCGAAGGCCCCCACGGAGUAGUACCAGAUCGGCCCAUCCGCCACGAGAUCAUCCUCGAGGACGGGGCCGUACCUCCACGCGGUUGCAUCUACCGAAUGAGCGAGGAAGAGUUAAGUGUGCUUCGGGCACAACUCGACGACCUUCUGGAGAAAGGUUGGAUUCGGCCUAGCUCAUCGCCAUACGGUGCUCCUGUUCUCUUCAUCCGGAAGCAGAACAAGGAUUUGCGGUUGUGCAUCGAUUAUCACAAGCUCAACGCGCAGACGAUCAGGAACGCCGGCCCUCUCCCGCGCAUCGGCGAUCUUCUCGAGCGACUGGGCGGCGCCAAGUUUUUCUCCAAACUCGAUCUCAAGUCAGGAUAUCACCAACUCGAGAUUCGCAAGGAGGACUGCUACAAGACCGCGUUUAAUACGCGAUAUGGGCAUUUCGAAUGGCUGGUUAUGCCAUUUGGCCUUACGAAUGCCUCUGCCACUUUCCAAGCGGCUAUGGCAACGGAGUUCCGACACAUGCUGGAUCGAUACGUACUUAUCUACCUCGACGACGUCCUGGUGUACAGCCGGAGUUUGGAGGAGCAUGUGGAACACCUGCGCACCGUUUUGGAGCGGCUACGACAAACCAAGUACAAAGCCAACCGCGACAAGUGCGAAUUCGCACAGCAGGAGCUGGAGUACUUGGGACAUUAUGUGAUGCAGCAAGGCAUCCGUCCGCUUGCGGACAAGAUCGAGGCCCUACGAGUAUGGCCCGAGCCCACCAACUCACGGACGUUCGUUCAUUCAUGGGAUUGGCGGGCUACUAUCAGCGAUUCAUCACCGGAAACUCGAGGAUUGUUGCACCUAUGACGAGGUUACAAUCGCCAAAGGCGCCAUUUGUAUUCGAUGACGAUGCACGCCGGUCAUUCCAAGCACUUAAGAC